AUGUCUGUAACGGAAACUACGACCAAUUCAACCCUCUCUUCUCCACUUCUGUCUUGUUCUUCCAAUAUCAACCAACAUUCCCACUCAAAUCCAAGUAUUCCAAAUUCUUCUUUUUCUUCCGUAAAUCAUCCAAAUUCUUCUUCUUUCAUUCCGUUGAAUGAAUGGAAUCAUCAUCAAGAAGGAAUUGAGGCUUCGUUCAUGACGAUGAAAAUUUCAGCAAUUCCCCGUACAGAAGAAGUAAAAUCAUCACUUCAUCAUCAAAUAUUGAAUAGUAAUAAUAAUCAUCAUAAUACGAACAUCACUUCUUUAAUGGCAACUGAAAAUAAUGAAAGAAAUGACAGCAAUCACGUUAAUACAUCAGCAACAACAAAUAAUGACAAGGAUAGAACAAGUGUUGAUUCUACGACGAGGAGUAUAUCGAUUCGUCCUCAACAAGAACACAUUGCCACCACAGGUAAUGAUCGAGAAGGAAUGUGUUCGAUACCGCUGUCAGUUGUCAAACCAUACCAACCACUCUCCAUUCAUCAACAAGUUGAACUCGCUUUACUUCAUUCUUCAAAUAGUAACACUCGCAACAGCAGUUGUAGCAGUAUGGACGAUGACAUGUAUGAUGAAGAUGAUCAAUCGGUUUCAACUCCAAUUUCCAUUCCUAGUUUACCCUCCACUCCUUCUCGAUCCAAUCCAACCUCUUCAACCACCACUACCAAUAUUACCAACACUUCCACAACAACAACCGAAACAACAACAAUUCUAUCCGUCACCUCGACUCCUUCAAUCAUUCAAUCAAGCUCUGCAAGUUCGUUGACAACGACCACAGAUAACAACAGCACCGACAAGAGCAGCAACUCAUCUACGACGACCACUCCUCUUCGAAAACAAGCCGAAGAGCUCGAGGAUUGGAAAAUUAUUGUUCGAAAUCGAAAUGCUCAACAAAUGAGCCGAAUGGCAAACACAAAUUUAACGGACAGCAAACCUUCGUCGACGAUUUCAACACCCUUGUCACCUUCGACGCCACAACUUACGCAUCAACAACAAAAUCAUGAUGAACCAUCUUCUGAUUCAACACAAAUUUCGAAAAAAGGAAAUCAAUUAUGGUCCAAAUUGAGAAAAUCAUUUAACGUCAAGAAAAAUGCAUCCUUUGAAUCGAUUGUGACUUCAAAUAGUGGUGGAGGAGGAACGGGUUCCUUGGGAUAUUCGAGCUCAAAAAGUUCAUUUAAAAGUGUCACUGAUUCUGCAACUUCAUUAACGAGUUCAAACGGUUCAAUCAUGCCGUCACAAACAGUACGAGUUCCAAUUAUUGGAUCAGCUGUUUUCACCAAUUCACAACAACCACAGCUGCAACAAACACCAACCUCAAAGAACUUGGAAAGCACCACAAAAGACCAAAGUUUUUUAGAAUUUUUGGAUAGUGUCGAUUGUCGAAUGAAUGUUGUUUCGAUCGAUUCGUUAGAUGAUGGAAUUUCUGUAAAUUCUUCAACGAUGGCUUCUUCGUCUUCUUCGAGUAUGUCCGUUACAUCCGAAUUGAAAAAAUCAAAAUGGUGGAAACCUUUAAGGAUUAUCAAGAGUACCAUAAAGAAACAAUUACGAGAAGAAAAGCGAGAGUCCAAACAGAAAACACAAAACAAUUCGAACAAUAGCAGCACAAAUCUCAUGACAAGCGCCACCAGUCAAACUGCACCUUCUUCUUCGAGUGAAACUCUCUCAACAACAACCUUACAAACAAGUAGCAGCGAUGAAAAAUUCAGUGUCUUGGUCGUGAGUAAGUCAGCAACAACCAUGAGCGCUGCAGAAGAUGAAAUGAGAAAUUGUUUACAAGAUCCAAUUUGUAUGCAAUUAUUUCAUGAUUUUUGUUGCCAAGAAUGUUCACAGGAAAAUCUCGUUCUGUGGAAAGAGCUCAAUAAGGUCAAGGCAAAUUUCAAGAAAUUAUCCGAUCGAAGAAGAAGUCGAAGUUUGAAAUCCAUUCAUUCCAAAUUCUUUGCCUCUGAAACCGGUGAUUUAGAAGUCAAUGUGAGUGGAAAAACCAAGCUUCAAAUUGAGGAACAUGCAAAUAGCAACCGAGUGAGCCUUCAGUCAGGUGCCAAUGUGUUGAACAAUUUGCAACGAGAUUGUAUGAAUAAUUUAUGUGACAGUUUUUCGAGAUUUAUUUUAACGGAGGAGUAUCGACAAUGGAGACAAAUGCGGUUUGGUUUGGAUGAUUUUUUUGAAGUUGGUAUUCAUUCAACAACAUCAACGACACCCACGACAAGCAUGCCAACAACUUCCUCUUCGACUACAGAUUCGGAAAUUAAAUAA